UUUCUGAUGAAAUCCUCCUCUUGUAAAACGAGACUAACCGACUCAUACCGUACAAGGAAACAAAACGACUAAAAAUCAAAUUGAGGGAACCUUAGUUAUUUUCACUAGCCUUUUAAGCUAGUUAUACUUAUCCUUGUGAUCGUUUCAUGUCAGUCAUUUUAACUGACUAGCCUACUUGAGUUUCGCAUUUGUAGUCUUUUUGAAGGGUUGUAGAAGCCGAAUUUCAGUAUUCGUAUUUAUUGCUAAGCUAAGGCGAGCUUCACCGUGUGGGAAGGUUCUUCUGGUUAACCAUUUUUGUUCACCGAGAAGACAAAAUGGCUACGUUUGACCAGGAUUUCGAAGUACGUAACUUAUUUCCUCUCUUCACGACACCCGUUUUUACGAAGCUUACUGCCCGUAAGAAGUCGAAUCACCAUUCUCAGCAAAAUGUCCCCGGUACCACUAUGAGCGCCGCGAGAGUCGCGGACAAUAUGGACGAUGCUAUUCACUGGAUCCCAAGGAGAAACUGCCGGUAUGUUAGCCAUUCGGUUUAAGGAAUAUGGCUUACAGGUCUACACAAGUAACUAGGGACAGUGCACUGAACUGAACCGUUUGAGUAUCUGCAUUUGCAAGCUUGCAAGGGAACGGAACAAAAAUUCCGCGCUGUCCAAGCCUGCAGCUGUCAAACUAGCAUAGCAUUUAGCACCCGGUGCCUAUUUCCACUAAGUAGUGAAUGUGUCACCUUUAGUAGAAGUUGUAUUACAUAUAUCUCAAUAUUUAUUGCACAAUUUUGUGUUGGAUACAUAUAUAUAGUAUUUGAUAAAGUGUUGGUAAAAUGUUUAAGAACGCGAAUCACGAGGAUCAUUUCUUAGGGGCGAAGACGCCUCCCGUCUCUCCCACCGGUCAUGAUGUGGCCUCUCUCGGGCAAGACAGCCAGGGUAGCUCGUGGGUUAGCAUGUUAUCUUUGGUCUCUAGGCCCGCACUGUCAUUGCUUCAAAAGGUUUUACCCGGGCGCACUCGUACCCCUGCCCUUUCAGACUGUAUUUCAGGGUUUUCUAGUGGAGAGUUUAAGCAGAACCUAGUUGACGCAGAAAGUGUGUUUUUAGGACAGCUAGACAACAUUAUCCCCGUAACUCAGCGUUCAACUCACAUGGCUUACCUGCAUUGUCAGCAGGAGUGUGCCGCAGAGCUACAAUCAGACUGUGCAGGCACAUUCAAUUGGUUAACUGCCGAUUCUUUGAGCGAGUUAGGGAUUGAAAAUGCUGCAGAAAUUAAUGUAAACAUUCAACCACAAACUUCUGUUGGGUAUUUGGAAACCGUACGGAGUUUGCUUAGUCAAGUUGUGUUGCAUACGGCGUCGGCUCAGGAAAUGAGACACGCUGAAACAGGACAAUUAAUCGGCGGGGAAACUUGGUCGUCCGCUGUGACUUCCCCGUCAAAGAGUACCAGCAACUGGUGGGGCGGGUUUUGGGGCAGCGAAGAUAAGUCUCAAAGUUGGCUUUCAAAUUUGUCUUGGAGUAAAGAGGUGACGGGAACCAGCGCUCAACACAGCAGCAAGCAUUAUAUUCAGUCGGAGAUGGGCACAAAGGCCGCUGUUGCCAAACCAACGGAGCUGUUUGCCCAGUGGCAUAAUGUAGAAUCAAUGCACGGCGAAAGCGCUGGACCUCCGCGCCACAAAGAGGAACUUCUGUACAAUGCCAACCUUCAAACAACCCGUCCUGAAUCGCUCCAGAGCUCACAAGGUCUCCCAUUAGAACACUGGCCAGCUACCGCUAUCAGUAGCCGACUUGUUAGCGCCGGUGCUGCCACUGCCUGCAGUGAGGUGGCAGUUCUGACCCCUGACCAAGAUAAUGGCUAUUCUAGUCUGGAAGAAGAGCACACAACCAGUCGACUUUACAUGGUAAAGAUGAAUGGAGACAGUAUUAGCUCUGCUACGAUGAGUGCAGGUGGGAGAGAAAGGGAGGAGCAGGGAGAAACUGCAGCAUCUGGUGACAUGGACGGAGGAGAAGAGGAGCAGGGGAGGGUGAACUCCGACCUCUCUGAAUCAGAAGAUGAGGAGGAACCUCCGUCCCCAGCGGGCCCCCAUGCCUGUCCUCUCCCCACCCCCACCUGCCAAAACAGGGCCAUUGCCUACAUUAUGGGCAGCACCUGUAGCGACGACAACCAAUCAGAUGACUCUCUCAGCGAAGAUGAAGAGGACGACGAUGGUUUUGACAGCGAGGGCUGCUCUGACUCAUCAGACUCAGAGGGCCUAGACGACGAAGAUGACGAUCAAGACGAUGAAUCCAACUCGGAGCAGGCGGAGGCCGAACGCCUGUGGAACUCGCUGUGCCAAAACAAAGACCCCUACAACCUCCACAACUUCACAGCCACCAUCAGAACUACCACUGCCAGCCCACCUAGGACGGUCCGCCCCCCCACCUCCAGCAGCGCUACCUGCUCGCCUCAUGCCUCACCCCUCAACCAGCCCCUCUCCCCCUCGCCCCUGUCCUCCUCCCCCGCCCCCCCCCCCCUCCCCAGCACCUCUGGAGUCCUGGGAUGAGUCCAGUGCCAGCGAGAUGGACGAUGCCGAGAGUCUUCAUCUGUGGAACUCCUUCACCGCCUCCUCGGACCCCUACAGCCCCCUGAACUUCCAGGCCCCCCUCAGGACUCAAGUGCCUCGCCAGGGGGAAGGGGGCCAGGGCAGGAAGGCCCGGAUGGGUCACCGUCAUGGCCCCUCGUCAUCGCCCCAGGACAAGACCAGCGAGGCUGAGGAGAGACUGGACAGCGGCUUCUCUGAGACCCUGGGCAACGCACUCCCAGCCACCACCAUCACCAGCCACUGCUGUGUGGCUAUGAAGAAGGUGCGUUUCUGCGAGCAGGUGGAGGAGUUCUACAGCGGCCCGGAGGACCGGCGCAGCCCCUGGGAGCAGCUGGCCCGUGACCGUUGCCGCUUUCUGCGCCGCGUACAAGAAGUGGAGGAGGCCAUUGGUCAUGUGUUGGUGCCCGCCUCCCGCUUGCUGGCCUAUCAGAGACUGGGCCAGCAGCAGCGUGAGCACAAUUGAGGAGCAGGAGGAUACAGACCGCUUCACUUCUGACUUGUAGCCCAGCUCCUCCUCUGAGCUCAUCUCCAUUCGGCCCUCAGGACCCUCCUGGUUGGGUCACAGCAGACUGCAUCGAUACUGCAGAGAGGAGAUUCCCCCCCCCCCCCCUUUCCCCUUUGUGUUCGUGAGAUGAAAUAUUUCAGUGUUCAUCCAGACUCAUACAAACCCCAUGUUCUCCACCUUGUUUUGCUGUUGUGUGUUUGAACCUACAGUACUGUGGUGAAACCUCAGUUAUAACAUGAGCCAGUCUAAUCAUUAAAUCAAACAGGAAUGUUCCUCUGAAGAGACAUAGUCAUAGAGAGGGACCCUAUGGGCCCCAUGGUCUGAUUUGUUCAGGAAGAACUGGCUAUACAGUUUUGUUUUAAAUGUUUUUCAUUUC